AUGGACGAAACAUUCAUACAAUGCAAACGUACUGCAGCUGUAGUUGGUAGCAUGGUCAUUCCAAAGUAUUGUGAUCCUAAGACUGUUUACACACAAAAGGACAUACAAACUGACAUGUUAUCCGAACACGGAGUGAACCUAAGCUACAUGCAAGCAUGGAGAGCAAAGGAAAAGGCUUUACAGUUUUUGAGAGGGAAUCCGGCUGACUCCUACAACAAAUUACCCAAAUAUUUUUAUAUUCUUGAGGAGACUUAUCCUGGUUCGGUUGUUAAAUUGAAGAAGACAGCAGAUGAAUGCUUCUUAUACGCAUUUGUUGCUCUUUGUACAUCAAUAAGUUGUUGGCAACAUUGUAGGCCAGUAGUAGUGGUUGAUGGGACAUUCUUAAAGUCAGCCUAUAGGGGGAUAAUGCUGACAACAAGCACCAUGGAUGCAGCAGAGUCGUUGAACGCUGUAACAAAAGAUGCAAGAGAGCUGCCGAUAUUUGACCUUUUAGAGUAUAUGCGGACACUGCUAGAACGUUGGACCAACGAGAAGUUAUUGAAGGCGAAGGGUAUUUUCACAUUUCUUGGGUCCAAAUUCAACAAAGAAUUAAAGAACAACAGAACAUUAUCUCAGAAGCUUAGGGUGAGGGCUUCAACAGAUCAUAUACAUACUAUGUUAGAUGGUGUGAAGCGGUAUAUUGUGUCUCUAGAAAAUAAGAAAUGUAGUUGUGGCCAAUUCCAACUUGAAGAACUUCCAUGUGCGCAUGCUUUGGCAGCAUUAAGGCACAGGAAUGAAACAUAUGAAAACUAUUGCUCUCCGUAUUACACAAGGGAGAGCCCUCUGCGUACGUAUGAAAUACCAGUAAAUCCUCUUCCUGAUGAAAGCAAAUGGAAUGUGCCACAACAUAUUUUGGAUGAGCUAGUAAAUCCACCGAUGGGAGAUAAAAGGCAACCAGGGAGACCUCAAAAGGAAAGAUAUAAAACAUAUAAUGAAACAAAGUCAAAGAAGUACAAGGUGUCAUGUGGAAAUUGUGGAGGUAAAGGGCAUAACAAAAGAUCUUGCAAGAAUGCGCCCAAGAAGAAAUGA